UGCCAGGGAGUGGCCCGGGGAGCCCCAGCGCUUUCCCUCGGUCGGUGGCAGGUCAGAGCGGACGCCAGUGAGCAGCAGUAAGUGACCUGAAGCAGACCGGAAGGCUGAAGGCGGUUUCAGGCUGCAGUUAUGAGGGUGGGAGCUGCGACCUUGGCUGCGGGGUUACUUGCGCUUGUGGGAACUCUGUGCUUCUUCCUCGCCUUCGGUACGGACUACUGGCUGGUGGCCAGUGACAACUGUGGACCGCAUACGUUGCCGACACAAACAAAGCCGAUUGAAGAUGGGACUGAGUCAGUGGAAGCUUCUCCUCCAUCUCUCACUCUGCACCACGAGGGCUUCUUGUGGCGAUGUGGGUUUCAGGUGGAGCCUACAGUGCACGCCACGCUGGCCACUCUCUUCACAAACCAGCCAGAAUCCAAGGUGUGCAUCCACGGUUAUCUCUUCCCACUCCCUGUUGCAAUGGGACAGGUGCCUGAUCCAAGUUAUGACGCUACAGCAGUGUUUCGGGGUUUCUGGACCGUGCUGAUAAUCCUCGGCCUGGUGGCAGCUCUGACUGGAAGCUUCCUCCUGGUCUGCGGCGUCCCCUUCGCCAGCCACAAACUCUACACGCUGGGCGGGGCUUUCCUCAUCGCUGCAGCCUGCUCGUUCCUGGUCACGCUGCUGCUCUACGUGCUGUGGAUGGAGGCCGUGGACGUGGAGCGCUACGUCCUGCAGGAGCGGGCAAAGGAGUGUCCUCACGCGCAGGUCUCCGUGCUCUACGGCCUGUCGUUCGUGGUGGCGGCUGCCGGCGUGCCUCUGGAGCUCGUCUCCGGGAUGCUCUUCAUGCUGGUGGGGCGAGCGCUGCGUGCCGCCAACUGAGCCAUCUGGCUUGUAGAGCAAGAGAGGACUGACCUUUGUUUUAAUGUGCAGCACAUGGGACACAGCAGCACACCUGUGGCAUGUAAAUACUGGCGGGACACAAUCAAGCAGCAUGUAGUCACAAGACUGAUGUUUAAUCUGGUUUUGCUUUAUUUCUGUAAGAAUCUCAAAUUGCCUUUGAAUAAUAUUAUCAUAAUAAGUUUGCGUGUUGCAUUGAAGACCAAUUUAAAACGUGCCAACAUGCCAUUCAACAGAUUUAGCUUGUUUGUUGUUUUGGGGGGGGGGGGGUUAAUGCUAGAAAGUCCACAAAGCGCAAGGUGAGAGUGAGUGAACCAGCUGGGUCCCCUGUCCCCCUGUCCUGAUGUUGGCACAUAAUCAAAGUAGGCUGCCGCUCAGUGAGGUGGGAGGGAGGAAUGGCUGGACGGGCUGAAGAAACGGUGUGUUUCGAUGGGGAUGGAGGGGCAGAGGGCCGCACACAUUGUGGGGGGUGUUACAGAGAGAUAAUCGGUGCUUGAAGGGGGGCACAAGGGGGCUUUGAGAAGUGAACAGCUGUUUGUGUGUUUUGGUUGGUGUACAACGGGGGCCGGCCACCUGCCUCCUUCGCCCCAAUCCCAUUUCACUCCCUCAUUGAGACUAUGACCCUCGCUCUGCCUCGUACCGUCCUUUUCUUCUGUCCUUUUCUUGUGUACAUGUUCACAAAAAACGGAGAUGAUAAUCCAUUAACACGGACAAAAUGGGGCAUGUGUGCUUUAAAGGCCUCAGUGAAAUGUAUCCAACCUGUUUUGAGAUGGCCUCACACUGCAAUGCUGUAACAUAGCGCCCCCAAAAUACUAAAGGGAUCUGUGUCAGAGGGCACCAUUUUGGUACAUUGUAGUCUAUUACAUGAUUGUUUGUUUUACCUCUGUAAUGAUCAUGCCUGAUCACAGAUAUAUAAUAUAUAGAACACCCUUGAUUUAGAGCAGUUUUAAUAAAGACAUAAGGUACCAGAGGCUGUACUUUAUUGUCCAAUAACGUACAGCCUCUGUUCGGGGGUUGUUAGGCCCGAUGCGCAGAGAACUCAUCUUUUAAAAUGCGCAACUGAUACUUGAGUUUUAACCCCAUUUUCGGAAGAAGCCUAAAAAAAAAGCCAUUACAAGACAUUUACAGAAACAUGAAUCUCAAUCUGAAGAACCUGAGGUUGAAUUUAAAAGGGAGAGGGAUUUUUUUUUACUAUAUCUAAAAACAGUAGGAGGGAAAUGAAAAGUGGUUUGUGGUUCAUUUAAAUGACAUUUAAAAUAUCAACAGCAAAACGUCUUCCAAACCGAACAACCUUCAUUUAAAGGAAUAAAGUAUAGCACAUGAUUUUUUUCCC